AUGAGGCCAGAAAUGGUGACACACUCAGAUGGACCUUACCGGUGCUCCAGUGAAGCAUCCUUUGCUGAUAUCGGAGAGCUGGAGUUGCCAGCUAUCAGACGCAAUGCCACUGUGUCUCCUAUGAAGACUGCUGAGCAGCUUGUUACAGAGGGAACUCUGAAAACCCUCCUAGGAGACCUCAGCCGAAACAUUGCUGCAGACAUCAACGCAUUUAAGAAGGAGAUCAGUGGGGUAUCUGUGUGCCUCCAUGAUACAGAGCUUGCCACAACUGUGCAUGAGAUCCGACUCACUAACUUGGACAGUGAGCUGACAAGACUCAAACAUGAACAGUCCCAAAUAUUGAACUGCAUGGCGGCCAUGGAGGACCACAGACACUGGAAAAAAUAUUAA